CAUCUGAAGGCAUUAAACAGCAACCCAAAAUCUUCAAUACCUUCUCACCACCUGCGAAGAGAGACAUAACUUUGGCUGAACACCGUGUGUGAACGCUGUUUUGGUUUCGUCAACUUGCUAUUUUCAGACCUCAAGGAAAGAGUGUCUAUAUUGGAUCUCUGCUUCAUGCGCUCCCGCAGGGUAUACAAGGGUGUGUGUGACCUCUCCCUCUCUCCCCUGUGACCUCCGAACCCUAGUCGACCUCCUCCCCUCCCUUCCCUUCCCCUCUCCUCCCUGAGGCCAGACUGUGAUCCAUGGCGCUGAAGAAACUUCUGGGUUUUGGAAAGCAGUUGCUUAGGGUGAAGGUGGUGGACUGUAACACAGAGGAAUCCCGUCUGUCCCGAUGCCUCAACACUUUUGACCUGGUGGCCCUUGGCGUGGGUAGCACAUUGGGCGCGGGUGUCUACAUACUAUCUGGUGCCGUUGCACGGGAGAAUUCAGGUCCUGCUAUUGUGCUGUCUUUCUUGAUAGCAGCCUUAGCCUCAAUGUUGGCUGGUCUGUGCUAUGCUGAGUUUGGAGCUCGUGUUCCCAAGACAGGCUCAGCUUACCUUUACUCCUAUGUGACUGUAGGGGAACUCUGGGCCUUCAUCACUGGAUGGAACCUCAUCCUCUCCUAUGUCAUUGGUACCUCCAGUGUGGCCCGUGCAUGGAGCGCUACCUUUGACGAAUUAAUAGGGAAGCACAUAGAGCAGUUCUGCAGAGAGUACAUGUCCAUGAAGGCGCCGGGCGUAUUGGCAGAGUACCCUGACAUGUUUGCUGUUGUCAUCAUAUUCACCCUCACAGGUCUGCUGGCAUUCGGAGUCAAAGAGUCAGCGAUGGUGAACAAGAUUUUUACGUGCAUCAAUGUCCUAGUCUUGUUGUUCAUGGUGGCUUCUGGCCUUGUCAAAGGUACUUUGAAGAACUGGCAGAUAGACCCUGAAGAGAUCUUUCAUGCCAAUUAUACCAGUAACUCCAGCCUCAAUCUGACAGACAUCCUGCCGACUGCAGAAAGUUUAGGAGUGGGUGGCUUCAUGCCGUUUGGUUUCACAGGUGUCCUGUCGGGAGCUGCUACCUGCUUCUAUGCCUUUGUCGGAUUUGACUGCAUCGCUACCACAGGUGAAGAGGUGAAGAAUCCCCAGAGAGCCAUCCCAAUCGGCAUCGUAUCCUCGCUUCUCAUCUGCUUUGUAGCAUACUUUGGCGUUUCUGCUGCCCUCACCCUCAUGAUGCCAUACUACCUGCUGGACAGCUACAGCCCACUGCCGGCAGCUUUUAAAUAUGUUGGCUGGGGAGGAGCCAAAUACGCUGUCGCUGUAGGCUCUCUUUGUGCUCUGUCUGCUAGUCUCUUGGGUUCCAUGUUCCCCCUUCCUCGUAUCAUCUUUGCCAUGGCUCGGGAUGGCCUGCUCUUCUCCUUCCUAGCCCGCGUCAGCAAGAGGAAAUCCCCCAUAACAUCCACUGUGACCGCCGGGGUUAUGUCUGCUAUCAUGGCAUUUCUUUUUGACCUGAAGGACCUGGUGGACCUGAUGUCAAUAGGGACUCUGCUGGCCUACACAUUAGUGGCUGCCUGUGUCCUGGUGCUCAGGUACCAGCCUGAGCAGCCCAGCUUGGUGUAUCAGAUGGCCAAUACCCAGGAGGAGGUGGAGCUGAGUGAUGGCAUCAGUGUACCCAGUCUGGGAAUGCUGCCUGGUAUGGAGGAGAGGUUCAGCUUCACGGCCCUCUUGUUCCCACACAACCCUGAGCCAUCCACACUAUCUGGUUUCGCCGUCAACAUCUGUGCCUCUGUCAUGGGGGCGUUGAUUCUGGUGUUCAGUGUACUGGCAGUGCAGGGAGGCGCUGCUAUGUGGAACAUCAUAGCCCUUAGUGUCAUCUUCAUGGUGUGUCUCAUCCUCACUUUUAUCAUCUGGAGACAGCCUGAGAGCAAGACAAAACUUUCCUUCAAGGUUCCACUGCUACCCUUCAUUCCAGUGAUCAGCAUGUUUGUCAAUGUUUACCUGAUGAUGCAGCUGGACAGAGGCACUUGGAUACGAUUUUCUAUAUGGAUGGCUAUAGGUUUAGUUAUCUACUUCUGCUAUGGCAUUCAUCACAGCACUGAGGCUGCUAUGGCCCGCUCGUCUCCAGACACAGAGAUGAACGGCUUUAAGCGUGACCACAAUUCGGAGGCCAUAUCACCAGAAAAGGAGGCCUUCCUGCACUAUGGGAUCAAUGCAAGGGAAGAGGAUGAUGGAGAUUUGUAGUAAGCAGUAGAACAUGCAGCAUACAGUAUUUUAUAGAGUAUUUUUCACUGGACAAUUUCCAGUCCCUUAAUGGCAGUACUCCCUGGGUACUGGGUAGAACAACAUAAUUUCUGAAGCCAUAAUUGAACUGCUCGUUAUCACUUGGCUGUUUGAGGGGUAGGGCUCAUGUUGGGGACACGAAACAUGUCACUGUUUCAGGGAGGUUCAGAGAUACUGGGAGACCAUAUUUGUUUCUGUUCAUGAUGGGCCGACCAUAUUUGUUUGUCUUUAUGGUGGGCCGUAGUUACUACUUUUGAAGAGUGUCUGGGUUACGUUGCUGGCAGUAGAACUAUGUGCACAUGUGGUAUCGGCUUUUAUCUCAGUGCCAGAAAGUUCAAUAGUUAUACAUUUUUUUGUCUUUUUUAUGUUUAAACAUAAUAACUACUCUAUAUAUCUACAUAAUUUUGAAAAUCCGAUAACACAGUAUUAAAUACAGAUUGGUACCAAUAGCUACAUUCGCUUAAACCAACCAACUUUUAUGUAGCUGAUGUUGAAAUGCUGCUUUAACAGUCCUCCCUGACAAGUGAGUGCUUACAGCAGAAAUACUCUGCAACACACUUGGCUUGUCAAUGAUAUAAUUACCCUUGUUCACUAACAGAAAUCCUCUUUGACAGUUCCUUACUCACAGAUAGAGAGAUUCCAAGAAAAUUAAUGCAGAAAGCCUACCAGGAAUGUGUUAGUCAAACCAUGUGAUAGUAAUAGUUUGUUAACAGAUGCCUGAUUUUACAUCCUCUUCACAAUAAUAAUGGUAGUUGUAUAGAUACAAUCUUAUUUGGCAUAUUUAACACCGUUGGUAAAUAUAUUAAAUCUAAUAUUUGAAUCCUGAUACAUGUUGAACAUCAGGUGAAGAUGCUGCCAGUUGCUGUAUGUUAGUUAAUGUCAUGUAUUGUGGAUUUUCACAGUGUGGGCUGUUUUCUCUUUUUACAUCUGUAGCUUGGAACAUUUAGUUUGAUCAUGUGAAGCUUCCCUACACGGACAUUUAUGUCCAUCAUUUUUUUUGUUGUCAUUAAAAUAUCUAAUGAUUUUAGAUAAAUUUUCUCUUUUCAUAUACAGAGUACCCUGACAAUUUGGGAUUGCAGUCCCAUUACAUUGUCAGACAUGUAAACUAAAAAUCAAUGCAGCAGAACCAGAGAUAUUUUAUUUGACUUAAGCAUUCUUCUUCCCUGUCAAAUCCUGGCACUUGCAUUUUUCCACAAUGCAAUGCAACUAUUGACUGUUUAAUUGGAGUUUUGGGUGUGUUAUGCUAGGGCAACUAAUGUAGCCUCGAGCUGCUACUAUGAAGCAGAGAUGAGGAGUAGGCUACAGAGGUCUGGUAAGCUUACUAUAUUUCUAACUUAUACCCCCCUUUUUUUUUUUUUUUUCAAACUCUAAAAAGUCUUCAGCUGACUCAAAUGACUUUUUAUACAGUAGUACUCACCUGUACAGACCAGGCUUUGGUGUGUAAUCGGUGUAGUUCCCUUAUAACAAAAGGUUUUCAAUGCAGACCUAUGUACAUUCAUUGGGGUUUUGGGAGUCCUUUACAACAAAGUAGGCGGAGAAACGUGUAAUCAAGAUUGUGUGUAUAUAGAUAUUGUUUAUAUUUCUUGCAGUAAAUUAUUUGUAAAUUGGAGAAAUAUUAUGUUGCCCUGUUUGUGUCUAGCAUUGUGUUCCUUAUAUUGUGUUUACGUUGUCAGUGCAACUGAAACUUAAUCCUCAGGGUUGGCAAAAUCACUGCCAUGACCUUCAUUUGUCAUGUCUUCAACCAUGCCUUAUUAACAAAAAGUGAUAAAAGUCAUAAAACUAGAAAUAUGGGACACUGGCAUCACUGAGGCAGAAACAGUUUCAUUGGGGUCAUAGUGGACUGACAGUAAUGCAGUCUUUCACAGUAAAAGUAUGAUAUUAAUCUGUGUGAUUGAUCAUGUUACUACUACUAAGUAUAAUUUUUAUCAACAUGACUUUUCCAGGGGUUUUGGUAAUUUGUUAGUAACCAAGUUGAAUUGUUACACUAAGCAGCAAUUAUACUUAAAUUCAGCAAUAUCUACUUGUUUGAUCAUUCUUUAUAAACACAUUCACAAACUUGCAGUUUCACUGAUCAGUCAACGCACAUGAAAAAUCUCAUUGCCCAUAAUUGUAUUUGUUUCAAAGAAAUGUAUCUAUGCACAGUAUAGAAAUAUAACAACAAUUCAAAAGAUCUAUGUUAUAUUGUUGUCAAUUAUUUUUUUUUUAUUCUUCAUGAAAGGUAUAUUUGAUUUUCUGUUGAAUCAAUACAAAGGGAUUCAUGUGAAUUUGAAAAUCUAUCUUCUGGCAUAUUAAGUACUUGUUAUUCCUUCAUGUCAUGCCAAACCUCAGCGUUUACUUCUGCAAUAAAAUACUGAAAUACUAUGUAUGUACACAUAUAAAUAGAUUUAAAAAUUGCUUCUUUCUUUCUCCUUUGAUGCUGCUAUAUACUCACCUUACCUUGGCUUUUGAUGUUUCAAAUCCAUCACCACUGUUGAUGACCAGCUGCUUCAUGUUUAUGUAAUUUUGCUGUUAUCACAUCACUUCCUCAGAACUUUUCUUUCUGUGGCAUUUUGCUUACCUUUUUCUUGGUUGGCUUAAAAACUAUGUGUAAAUGUUGACAAAGCACAAGAACACUGUCACUCAUCAUCAAUGAUUUCUCCUUUUGUUAUUCAUCACUGUGAUUCAGUUUCACCUUAGUCAACUGAAGACGAGCAUCGUUUUCCUCUUGCUGUGGUUACGCAGAAAAGUACACCUUUUUAAGAACAUGACUUCAUUGUCCUGUCCAUGUGGUUGUUAACUAAAUGUGCAAUUGUAUGAGCAUGAACGCUCAUCCUUGGCUUUGCAAAAAUGCAAGGUCCAGUUGCUGGCUUUUUAUGGAGCUUUCAACUGCAGCUCACUUCUUCAACAGAUUAAGUUUGCUCAGUUGUCAUGAAAAUGGUGGUUGUGGUCAGUGUAUUGAUAGACUAGGAAGUUGUAUUUGCCACACUCUAUUUACUGUAGCUUAGGUGAUGACAACAGAGCUAUUUCAAUGGCAACUGAAAUAACUGUAUCCGUUCAGGAAGAUCGUGAGAUGAGGCUGAAAGCACCAGAAGAAGUUAGUAAGUGAGCUCAAAGUUUAAGAUUUUGUAGUGUGAGUGUAUUCAGAUGCACAGUGGGCUACUGUGUUUUAUACACCUGUAACUAUAUAGGCUGCAAUAGGCCUGCACAAAAGGGCCUCCGGGUUUCUGUUAAAAUGAAACUGAUGAAAGACUGAUAUUGGACUUCUUUGUCACAUAUUUCACAUUAAAAGUCAGUGUGUGGAA